AAAACUACAUAAUAUUCCCUAAAUUGGUGGAUUAACCACUAUAAAAUCGAUACUUUCUAGAGAAACGGAGACAACAAAAGUUUCAAAAUUCUUUGACAUUCAUCAUAUGUUAGUGAAAGAUGCAACUAUGCUUUAAAACAAUAUUUUUAUAUUUUUGAUUUUUUUUUUUCAAAAUCUAUGUGUUAUAUACCUCCACUAUAAUAUAUCUUACAUAUUACUUAAUUUUAUACAGAUAAAUGAAAGAUCAGCAUUAAACCCCAUUACAAAUAUAUCAUAUAAAACAUAGUUGCUAAUUAAUAUCCAAAGUAAAUGUAUGUAUAUAUUAACAUGAUUUUUUUGCCAUCGUCAACUAAAUAAAAUUAAAGCAAUUUCGAAGUAGUAGGUACCAAUUGAAAAUCGAAUAAUACUCUUUAUAUAAAUAUACCAUUAAUUUGGUAUAGAAGAAUUGAUUUAGUAGACGUUGACAAUUGUUUUUUGAAAAAUCGUGCAGAUCACCAAAUCGAACAGGCAAGAUUCUCAUAAAGGAAGUUGAAAAUUAUAUUUGUUAAUUUUCCUCUGAUUUUCCUAAAUACGCGUUUUGAGGAGUUAUAUAAGUCAAAGCGUACAUCUCAAGAAACAAAAAAAAAAGACCCAACGUUCCAAAGAGAAGAAAAGAAUGGGUUACAAAGUUGCUAGAGCAUCGGAGUAUCUUGCCAUCACCGGUGGUGGUAUCCAAGACAUCAAGCUUGCCAAGAAGUCUUGGGUGUUUCCAUGGCAAUCCUGCACCGUCUUCGACGUUUCUCCGGUCAACUACACGUUCGAGGUCCAGGCCAUGAGUUCCGAGAAGCUCCCUUUUGUCAUCCCCGCCGUUUUCACCAUCGGUCCUCGCGUCGAUGACCCUCACGCUCUCUUGUUGUACGCCAUGCUUAUGUCUCAGCAUGAUAAGCACUCGAACCACGUCAACGAGCUUGUUCAGGGUGUUAUUGAAGGAGAGACUCGUGUUCUUGUUGCCUCCAUGACCAUGGAAGAAGUCUUCAAAGGAACAAAGGAGUUCAAGAAGGAAGUAUUUGAGAAGGUCCAACUUGAGCUAAACCAGUUUGGUCUUGUUAUCUACAACGCCAAUGUUAAGCAGCUCGUUGACGUGCCUGGACAUGAGUACUUCUCUUACUUGGGUCAGAAGACACAGAUGGAAGCAGCUAACCAAGCCAAGAUCGAUGUAGCAGAAGCAAAGAUGAAAGGAGAAGUCGGUGCCAAAGAACGUACCGGACUCACCAUCCAGAAUGCAGCAAAGAUUGACGCUGAGUCAAAGAUCAUCUCCACUCAGAGGCUAGGAGAAGGGACAAAGGAAGAGAUCAAGGUGAAGAGUGAGGUCCAAGUGUUUCAGAAUGAGAAGGCAGCUCUUGUUGCUCAGGCUGAUGCAGCACUUGCGAUUCAAAAGGCUGCUUUGACCAAAAGCUCUCGUGUGGCUGAGGUUGAAGCUGCCAAGGCAGUUGCUAUGAGGGAAGCUGAGCUUCAAACUCAAGUUGAGAAAAUGAAUGCUUUGACUCGGACAGAGAAGCUCAAAGCUGAGUUCCUUAGCAAAGCCACUGUUGAAUAUGAGACUAAGGUGCAAGAAGCAAACUGGGAGCUAUACGACAAGCAAAAGAAAGCAGAAGCUGUUUUGUACGAGAAGCAGAAGCAAGCCGAGGCGACUAAAGCUGCAGCUGAUGCAGCCUUCUAUGCUAAACAGAAAGAGGCAGAGGGACUUGUCUCCAUGGCCAAUGCUCAAGGGACUUAUAUCAAGACUCUUCUUGGUGCAGUUGACAACAACUACUCAGCAAUGAGAGACUUCUUGAUGAUCAACAAUGGGAUUUAUCAAGAUAUCGCCAAGACCAAUGCUAUGGCCAUCAGGGACUUACAGCCUAAGAUAAGCGUGUGGAACCAAGGUGGUGCUGGUGUUGAUCAGGGGAUGAGUAGUGGUGGUAUGAAGGAUAUUGCUGGACUCUACAAGAUGUUGCCACCUGUUCUUGAUACGGUUUAUGAGCAGACCGGGAUGCAGCCACCGGCUUGGAUUGGUACACUACGUGGUGCUGAGUCCAGACAGUAACUUCAGGGUCAACAGCAUACCGGUUGAGAGUUUCAAGAGUGUUUUCAUUUUUAUUUUAUUUUAUGCUUUUGGAUGAUAUCUUUUAUGGUUGUGAACUUGGAAGUCAAGUCAGCGUUUGUAGAUAACCUCAAUUUCAUCUCACAAUUGCAAGCCGUGACUGACAAAUAUGGUUUUUAAUUGUUUCUUUUUCUGUUGCUCAAAAAAAAAAUUUGUUUCUUUUUCUUUGACUAUCGAAAAUUUGACUUUAAUCAAAGUGCUUAUUGUUGACAAAAAAAAA